ACUAUUUAUUCAACCGUACACUUAUCUAGGCUCGUGACCAGCCUGGCGUAUACUACCACGGCUGCACAAGUGGUGUAGCCAGGCUGGACCGUCGAUCUCGGAGUGGCGUGGCAGGGCGAAGUGAGGAGUGAUAGGUGCCGGUCGUGCCGGAGGUAGUUCCGAUCAUACAGCUAGACUGUGAGUUUCAUGACUCACCCUGACUAAUGGAUAUGUAAGUACUGGCUGUGGCAUAGACACCAAAUAAAUAGCAUCAGGUGGAAUAAGUUGACGAUAACAAUGAAAUCCCUCAUUCUAUACGACAUCCCCUCCCAAUUGCCUGGAAGCUACUGGUCUCCAAAUACAUUGAAGCCCAGGUUCGUGUUAGGCUACAAAGAGCUACCUUUCGAAACUGUCUGGGUCGAGUACCCAGAUAUUGCGACUGUUCUCAAGGGUCUCGGUCUGGCGCCCAAAAAGAGACCUGACGGUACAGAUAUAUACACCGUUCCUGUCCUCAGUGACCCCAACACUGGCGCUCUGAUCGAUGAAUCCCUCGAGAUCGCAGCGUAUCUCGAGAAAACAUAUCCCGCAAAGCCAAUCUUCCCGCACGGCUCCCAGAUGCUCAUUCGCGUAUUCGACUCUGCAUAUAUUAACGACGUGCACCCCCCCAUAAAGCUAAUAUAUGUGCGCGUCGCAGAGAUUCUGAACCCCGCAAGCGUGGAGUAUUUCCGUCGAACGCGCUCGGAGAGGUUUCAACUUCCGUGGGAGGAAUUUUCACCCGAAGGCCCGAAACGCGAUGGAGAUUGGGCAUAUCUUGAGCAGAGUUUCAAUAAGGGAGAAGCGUUACGCGAGAAGAGCAGCGGGGAGUGGGUCAUGGGAGAUACGUUCUCGUAUGCGGACAUCAUCGUGGCAAGUCGACUGUUCUGGUACAAGCGCGUCUUGAAGGAGGAUGAGUGGGCGAGGAUCAGCUCUUGGAAUGGAGGGAGAUGGGCAAAGGUGCUGGAUAAGAUUCAGCAGGAAUGUCACCUGGCGUGAUAUGGUGACUUGGGAUCUUAAAGUUAUGGAUACCAGAAUCACAUACCAAGUGCUACAGCUGCCAACAACAUUAUGUGACCCAUCAUCCUGUACUACAUACUAAGCAAUCUUCCAGAGAAGAGAUGGGCAUCUGACAACUUGAAUCCAUGGAGACGUCAUCCUGCAACAGAUGAAGACGUUGAUAGCUGAUUGGUCUUGUUCCUGUGUUCCGUUUGCGUAAGUCUUAAGGCAUAAAUGUUGUCUAUGAGUAGUGAAAACGAACCGC